AUGUCGGCAUCUCCGAGUUCGAUCCCAUCUCGACGAUUCUUACUGAACAAUUUCUCAUCACAGUCAACGAUCAGUGAAUGGCGCUCAAGCGCGAGCUCGAGUCGUAUAUUCCGAGCGUACGAACUUUCGGACGAGUUGACUCGUAAACAAGUUCAGGUGCUGGAACGACGUUACGGGGGUCGUUUACGUGCACACGCAGCUGCCACGCGCAUCCAGCGAGCAUUCCGUGAAUACCGCAUGAUGCAGCAGUGGCGCAGUCUGGUGAUACCACUGCAACAGUGCGUGCACACACGUUCACGUGCCGACACACGCUGGUUGAUCGAUCGUCGGCACGACUUGACCACAUCGCUGAUCGCUCGUGAUCAUCAUGUCAGAAUGAUGAUAAACGCAUCACGCAGCCAUAAAAAUAAUAGCUCUACAGCGUCAUCCUCUGACCAAAAAACACAGUUUCGUUGUUCAGCUGAACGAGUGAACUGUGCCACUGCUGCAGUGAGUAAUUGCUGGCGAAGUAAGUUUUUGAUGGGAACGAGCGAACAAGCUAUAACAACUAGUGAUCGUCCAAUGACAACCAUGCCUCUGCUCGAAUUUCCACGAGCACCGCGAAGCGGUAGUGAUAUUUCAAGGUAUGCAUCUGCUGUAGGAGUAACUGCAUCUGGAUGUGGAUUAGCAACGAGAACGGCGACAGUACAAUCAACAACACCUGGAGAUUGCUCAGAACUGGUGAUUGUCUUGGCUUCAACUUGUAGUAAUAGCAAUACCGUUUCUAUCGCGGCCACACGUGCUUCAGGAACAGGGCAAUGUGCAGCAGAUAGAAGAUUGACCGAUGUUACAACAAAUAUCGUUAUUGGAGAUGAUCGAAGAAUAGAUUUGGCUCGUAAUAAUAACAAGAAUAAUAAUAGCCAUAAAGGUAUGUUACUUCGUCAUAGUGAUGGAGUUUCGUCGUCGGUGUUACCGAAUAGGUAUCAUCCAUCAGUAUCGUUAUCCGCUCAACUUCGUUUGAAUAGUUCAGCUAUUAAUGGUAACAGUGGCUUUACUUUCACGUCUGAUAACAACACCAGCCAAGAAUUGAAUUCGUCGUCGUCAGUAUCACGACUGAUCGAUGAUGCGAAUAAUAUCAGUGGCAGCAGCAAUCGACGGCCUAAUAUUGAUAAAUUGAUGUCACCACGUCUUUCUCAUAAACGAAGCACUCAAUCGGAAAUUUGUGAACAACAUCGAAGACGUCAGUACAGGAUUGCACUGAAUUUCUUCAAUAAAAAGCCGGCACGAGGAAUACAAUUAUUGUUGAAUUGGGGUUUUGUGGAAGAGAAUGCACGUUCAAUCGCAAAACUUCUGAUUGGACGACGUGGGUUGAGUAAACAGAUGAUUGGUGAAUACUUGGGGCAUUUGCAUGAUCCGUUCCACUCGUCUGUUCUCGAUCAUUUUAUAAACGAGAUCGACUUGCAUUCAAUGGAAAUUGACGUUGCACUUCGUCAUACAUUGACGUUCUUUCGUUUACCUGGUGAGGCGCAAAAGAUAGAGCGUAUCGUACAGGUGUUCUCACGUCGUUAUAUAAUUUGUAAUCCUGAACGUGCCUCAUCGUUUCAUGGUGCUGACACAGUAUUUGUGCUGUCGUUCGCAAUUAUUAUGUUGAAUACCGAUUUGCAUUCACCCAAUAUAAAACCAUCCAAAAAAAUGAAAUUGGAUGAUUUCAUCAAAAAUUUGAGAGGUGUUGAUGCAGGUUUCGAUUUGGAUCGAUGUUUAUUAACCGGUAUUUACGAACGUAUUCGAGAGCAUGAAUUCCGAUCAGGGCUUGACCAUGUCUCACAGGUGAUAAAGCUUGAUCACAGUAUUGUCGGCAAGGAUAAACCUAAAUUAGUGGAACCACAACGUCGAUUGGUGUGUUAUUGUCGUUUGAAUCAAAUAGUUGAUGUGAAUAAAAGGCAAACGAUGACCAAAAUGGUAUCCAAAAAGAAGUCCACUUCACAAUACAAUCUCCGUAUGUGGAGUGCAUUAAUCGGUAUGGAAAUCAAUGUAUUCCAAACGAAUUUUUAUCGGUUCGGCAUAUCGAUCGUUUGUCAAGAUGGUGAAAAAAUAUUAUUGAACGCAAAAAACGACGAUGACAGGCAUCGUUUUGUGGCCGAUAUACGUGAAUCGAUAGCGGAAUGUGCAGAGAUGGAAACGAUCCGAAUUGAAUGCGAACUUGAGAAACGCAGCAGUUCGAAUGCGGAUGUUCUACCGGCGCAGUGCGCUUCUUCACAAAAGUAUACAACCAACAGCAAUAUGGGUACACUCACUAUCUCAACAACAGGUAAAGCGUUCGAGUUGAAUAAAACCGCAACAAGCGAACGAGAAACGCAGCCGUCAAUUUGCUCUGCAUCCCUACAAACGAAUCACGAGCAUGCAACGACAAAGUCGUCAGUUAAUCAACAACAGCAUAAUGAACAAGUAUUUGUGAUAACCAGCAACAGUCAACGUGAUUCUGGUUUACCGGAUAAUGCCUCAGCAAGUGAUAAUGCCGUUGCACCUGCUCGUCUAUCGUGCANUAUCGUGCACAUCGUUGAAUGA